CUGGCUCAUCGAUCCAUCCACAGCUCUCCUCCUCCACUUGUGUUGGUACCAGCUAGAUCUGAUGUUGCUACCAAAUAUAGCAAUUGAUCCAGAGCUUGCUUUAUCUGUAGAUCGAUCGAAUAAUCGUCGAUAGGACCUGCAGAUAUAUGUGUACAUGGAGUCCUCCAAACGUGCUCCACCUUCUCCGGAUGCACGCGGCGGCGGCGGCGCCGGCGCACGGCUGUUCCCGUGCCUGUUCUGCAGCAAGACGUUCCUCAAGUCGCAGGCGCUGGGCGGGCACCAGAACGCGCACAAGAAGGAGCGCGUCGCCGGCAGCGAUUGGAACGAUGCCUGCGGCACCUCCUCCUACGCCGCCGCGGUGGAGCUGGACGCGCUCGCGGCCGCGGCCGCCGGCGGCGCGCUUCCCGCCGCGUCGACGCUCGUGGCGGGCGCCCAUGGCCAGCGCUGCGGCGGGGCCAUGGCUGGUGAGGCGUCGCACAGCGACGCCGCGGCGCUGCGCCCGGAGCUGGAGAGGUCGCGGUGGACCACCGGCCACGUGCUGGCCUUGCACGGCGGCAGCAAGGACGGGUUGAUGGGCGACGACGGGCUCAACUGGAGCAGUGGCACGCAGCAGCAGGCCGUCGCCGCGGCGCCGAAGAUGGAGACCAUGUCGGCGGCUGCGGCCUCCGGUGGUGGCAGCGAGGAGCCCGACCUCGAGCUGAGGCUCCGGCCAGCUUGACGACGACUAUGAGCUAGCUAGCUAGCGUUCUUUGUGUGGCGUGCCUAAUACCGCUCAGUCAUCCUCUUAGUAUUAUGGUUGCUACCGUCCUCGAUACUGUAUACAAUAAUGGAUUUCUUCACGCAAAAGAGCAAGAAAGUACAUACCCUUGUUUGA